CAACAAUUCCACCAUCAACUUGUUUCAAAUAUUUUGGAUCGCCACAUCAUCAAUCACACCCCAUUUCUUCCUCUUUCUUCGGGAAGCUAGCAUCAAAAGAUAGUUGAACAGAUUGUUCAACAUUUACAAGAAAAUGGUGGUACAACCUUCCCAAAAGAUCAGUUCAACGGAUCUGCUACAAAAACGGAGUAUGGGUUAUCAGUUAUUCAAUUAGUGGGGAGAUUAUAUGGCGUAUUUUUUGGUUUCGAUAUCUCCGGUCAAAUUAGGGUUUAUCAUAUAUAAAUUUGCAUAUCAACCCCUCAAACACACACACAAUUAUACGGAGAUAGACGACACAAAGGAGAACCAUAAAAUUCGUGAGUUGAGGGAUUAUAGUCGGAUCAGAAAUUGGGUAAUUGAUAAGGAGAAGGCAGCCAUUGGAGAAAGCUUAGUCUUGAAUCCAAGGUCAAGAGGACGACGGAGAGUUGCGGGGUCGAAGCCGGAGCUAGCUUGGGUGUUCUUAGUCAGAAGAUAUAAUAAGUGAAUGAGCGGUAGCACACCUAAUCCUAAACUCAAGCGAAUCAGGAAGUAUAUCGAUUCUGUGAACAUCAUAAGUCAAGAGAUAUUAAUCUACGCGUUUCAAAUAGAUCAACCAGAAGAGGUGAAACCAGAGGAAGUUAAACCAACAGAAGAUAGUCUAAAAGGAGCAAAAAUGGGUGAAAGAACCUUGAAGGAGAUGGCAGCCCCAAAUAAAGGCGAUGAUCCUCUCUGCAAUGUGUUUCCAGAGCUGGACAAACCCCUCAAACUGAAUUCAGGUUUCCUUAAUCUUCUUCCCAAAUACUAUGGGAAGUCAGGCAAAAUUACCUAUGUAAGAACUGCAAGCGGCCUGGGCAUUUUGCUAGAGAAUGUCCAAAUGCUUCUGUGUGCAACAACUGUGGGCAGCCUGGGUAAGUUUAUGAAACUUAGACUCUUAACAAGUUCAUUUUGGUUUAUAAUGCUACCACUUGUCUACUGUUCCAUUCUGCUUAAACUGAGUGCAAACAAUCUCUUUGCAAAAAUCGUUGUCAGAUAUUCAUGUUAUGAUUUUCUUUUUAUUUUUACUUUCUUUUUUGUUAUUCAAUUGGGAGCACAACCAAACACAACCAGCAACCCUAGCAGCAAACAACAAUAACGCAACAGCAACAUGACACAAAAAUUGACCAUAAGCAUAUCAACACACGCUGAACCAGGAACUAGAGCACUAGCCAGCAGCAAACAAACCACACUCAGCAGAAACACUAGCUGAACUAAGCAACCAGGCUGAAGUAGACAACAACAACGACCCUGGCAACAAAACAACCUGCAUUCCAGAACAAGCCAACAGACUGACUGCACCUAAACACCAGAUCCAGGGAGAAAACCAGGAAUAAGACAACACAAACAAAACUGAAUACAGACAUAAAUGCAGAGGAAAGUAGCAUUGCAGCAGAGUACAGCAGCACUGCAGCAGAUUACAGCAGCACUGCAGCAGAGCAAACAGCAGAACUGUUGCACAGCAACUGCCCUACACAACAGCGUACUGGCCUGAACAAUGAUAGCAGGCCUGUAGCAAUCAGUCAUACCAUAUGCCAGAAACCAAGACCAAGACUGAAUCUAAGGCAUAUAUAUCUUUGUACAGAAAUCAUGUCAAAGCGUAUAAGAGAAAUCUGUACAAAUGCAAAUCGCAAGAAUGAACUCAGCAUUGACUAAAACAGUCCAAUAUAUUCAACUCAAAAAUCAAA